ACUCUAAUGCACACAAUCUUCAGAGGCGGGCCUGGAAAGCCGCCCCGCGUGGCCCCAGCCAGAGGACCAGCCCUGAAUUCUGGGCUCCGCCUCUGGCCGGUGGUGGCACGCGGGUUUCCAGGUCGGCCUUCCAGUGCGUCACUCCGGGCUCCUGGAGCCUUCAGCUCCACCUGGCGUUUCGCUGCCCGCAUCUCCUGACCUUUCUUGGCUUGGUUUGCAGUAGAGGAUGACUGGAUUUCCCAAUCCUGACGAGGGAGAAGCUUUAAGGACGCAAGCUCCUUUGACAUCCCCAUAAAUACCAAAGAACGACCUGGCAGUCCCACAGCCUCUCCACGAAUCAGGUGCACCGCGCGCUGGUGAAGUCCCAGGGCUAGCACAGAACAGGAAAGGGACAUUUGCUGAUACUUGAGAGCAAAAGCCGCAGGGCUUGCAAAUAGCCUGGACCGUGGCUUUGAAACUUCGUAGAAACCUCUUUCCGCCUUCCGAAAGACAGCAAAGGGGCUCUUUCUGGUGAGGGAAGUCCCUAACGCCAGCUUGUGUAUUCUGAAAUGUUUUCUAAACUCUUUAGACUUAUUUUUAACACAUUUUCCACCAGCAUGUGUGUCUCUGACACACCUGCUCCAUCACCGCUUCCUCCAAGAAAACUGGAGUUGUUUUCUGAGCAUCCAAAUUCCUGAAGGCUGGCUUUUCAGUGACAGUGUCCCUUUGUCGACUUCCGGAAUUCAGACUUGCUGAUCUUGAAUCUGCGGUUUGGUGUUUACAUAAUGUGGCGAUGCCUUAUUUACAUCUGCCUGAUUUACCUACCUUUACCGAAGCUCAGAGAAGCCUAAGACGCAGGUUUUAUGCCUCUCUGCUUGUAUAGCACAUACCAGGAUCUUAUUUCCUUUCUGUUUUCAGAAAAGAUGUCCGUUUUCUGCGUUUGACAGCCCAACAUCACUUUUUUUUUUUUUUUAAUCGAGCAAAUUGACUGCGGCAUCUCUUCCUCAGGACACAAUUAAUUCAAGACGCGACUUCAGCAAAGCUAACUGGUUGUUAAUAGGACAGCUGAGGAGGAGACUCAAGCUAUGGACCUUGGCCAUUGAGCCAGGCUACAAUUUGUCUUGUUCCAAGUGCGACGUCACCCCUAAGCUGCUAAAAUGAACCCAAAGUCAAGAGAACCUGGAGCGAGGUACAGCAGCCAACCCAUCUUAAAACUCCAGAAACCCAUCCGACCGUACAUCUGCUCCACUCUAGACGACUUCCAAGAAGAGAGAGACUUCUUGGCCAACAUCAUCUUCCCGCGACUUAAUGACUUCUGCAGCCCCCGGGGCACCUACUUCAAAGCUGUGGACCUGAGGUGGUCCGCUGUGAAGGUCCGGAAGUCCUUCACCGCCAACCUGGUCCGCCAGCAUGCCUGUCUCCACUCACAAAACCUGAAGCUGUGCCUUGACUACGUGGAGAGCUGCUUCCCCUUCUUCAUCUGCCUGCUGGGGCAGACCUACGGGGACUUCCUGCCUGGCUACACUCCCUUCAUGUUCACCAAGGUCAAGGACUUCACAAGUCUGACCAAGGGGGAACAAAAUCUGUACAUUGCUGCCAAAAAUGGCUACCCUUGGGUCCUGCAGACUCCCACCUGCAGCCUGACAGAGUUUGAGAUCAUGCAGGCGGCGUUUCGGAAGGAAUCCCCAUUUCAGUUCUUCUACUUCCGGACCUCGAACUUGCUGCUGAGGACUUUCAGCGAGGAGGAGGAGGAGGAAGAGCGGUCCCCAGCUUCUCUGAUGAGCCAAGAGGAAAAGCUGAGAGUUGGGAAACUGAAGGCUAAGAUCAUUGGUAAAGGGCUUCAGGUCAGAUUCUACAGAGACCUGGACGAGUUGGGGGAGAUGGUUUUCAAGGACUGGUCAGCUGUUGUGGAAAAGCUCUACCCAGCCCCUACGAUCAUGGAAAACAUAGACUACAAACACAGUCUUGAGCGUUUGUAUCAUGAAGACUUCGCUGAGAAGUGCAAGCAAGUCUUUGUGAUCUCCAAGGAGUCCAACAGGACCUUCGAAAUCCUGGAAAAAUUUGCCUUAAAAGAUACCGGGCUUGACUCCGACAGUGCUCCCGGGCUUGACUCCGGCAAUGCUCCCGCAGGUUCGGGCCUAGACUCCAUCCUCAGAGUAAAUUCCCUUCCGACUUACAAGUCGAUUUUGCUCUUGUCGGGGGAACGCGGCUGUGGGAAAUCCACUCUCAUCGCCAACUGGGUCAGUGACUUCAGAAACAAACAUCCCGGAGUGUUGAUGAUCCCAUACUUUGUGGGAAGCACGUGCGAAAGCAGUGACAUCAUGACCGUGAUCCACUACUUCAUCAUGGAGCUGCAGCACAGAGCCCACGGUCCCCAGAUUGAAAUGGACUUCCUUAAUGAAGACUCGAAUGUCUUGGUCUUUCCGCUUCUUGUAGAAGUGUUCCUUGCCUCCAUCAGCUUGAAGCCAUGCGUGCUUGUACUCGAUGGGAUUGAAGAGCUGAUUGGCAUUUAUGGGAUUUCAGGUCAGAAGGCGAAAGACUUCUCGUGGCUGCCACGCUCCCUCCCCCCUCACUGCAAAUUCAUUCUGAGCACCGUCUCCUCCAGCCUGUCCUGCAAAUCGCUGUGCACCCGCCCUGAUGUGCGGAUUGUGGAGUUCUCGGGCACGGGGGACGAAGACACGAAGUUCAGCAUCUUCAGACAGCAUCUCUCCACGCCUGACAGAGAGCACUUUGGGCACAGCAAACCCAUUCUGAGGAAGAAGCCGAACCUGAACCCCCUAAAGCUCACCAUCAUCGCCAGCGAGCUGCAGGAGUGCAGGAUCUACCGCAAUGAGUUCCAGUGUCUGAGGGAGUACCUAGAGGUGGCCUCCAUCCCGGAGCUCUGGGAGCUGAUUCUGAAACGCUGGGUUGAAGAUUACGGUUGGAAUCUGAAGCACAAAGAGGCGAAAUCAGACACGGUGGCUGCAGGAAAAGGGUUGAGUGGCUGGGUGGCAGAUGUGCUGUGUUUGCUGUGCAUCUCACACUGCGGGCUGGCUGAGGAUGAGCUGCUCCAGAUUUUGGACAUGCUGGGCUACAGGAACCACCAAAAAGUGACCUCGGUGCACUGGGCAGCCUUCCGCAAUGCCUCCAAGCACUGGAUCCAGGAGAAACCCAACGGCCUCCUCUGCUUCUGGCACCAGUCCCUGCGGUGUGCAGUGGAACACAAGCUGCUGGGUGUAAUCACUCCGGUCAGAGAGAGCAGCGCACACGUGCCCCAGAACAUGGUAAACCACAAGAAGGCGCACUUCCACCAGGUCUUGAUAAGGUACUUCCAGCGGCAAACCGUCUUCUGGAGAGCAUAUCAGGAGUUGCCAUGGCACAUGAAGAUGAGCGGCUGUUGGGAAGGCCUAUGCAGCUUUGUCACCAGCCCCGGGCAUUCUAUAGAGACAAAGGCAACAGCUGGACAGGAUCGAAGCAUCACAGAUUUCAUAUCAAAAAUCCACAACCCGAGUUUGUGGACCAGACUGCACCUUGUCCACUACUGGGAUGUGCUGCUGGAAGCCGGCUGUGACAUGUCUGAGGCUUUCCUGCUCUCCGUUGCCAAGAUAGAAGCAGAACAGUACCAGAAAAUAAAGAAGCGACCCAUGCUCUCAGUCCUGGAAUGCAACCUCUCCCAGGUGACUGUUGCCGACAAAAGCAGGAUGAUACUCUUCAUCGGGAGUUUCCUGAAGCUCAUGGGCAAGGUCGGUGAGGCGGAGAAGCUGUUCCUGAGCGUGGAGGACAUGCUACUGCAGAACCCAUCCACGACAGAAAUGCUCCUCAAAGCUCAGAACGCCGUGGGAGAAUUGUACCUUGAAAUCGGGAUGACUCAGAAAGGGCUCUCUUAUUUUCUGAAAGCGUGGUCAAAUCUGCUGCGGUUUACGCUCAGUGACUUAAAAAGCAGCCAGGAACUGAUGAAGCAGAAAGUCAAAGUGAUGAAUAACCUGGCAAAAUCAGCACCUGAGGAAUUCUUUAAAGAAAACCACAUUUUGGAAUACGCUACCGAAAUCUCCAAGUUCGUGACUGACAGCCCCCGCGAACAAGCUACCAUGAAAUAUACUGAAGGUGUUCUCAUGUUGGCUACAGGAAAUGUGCCUCUUGCAAAACUGAAGCUUCAAGAGUGUUUAAAUAUCAGAAGACGUCUGUUUGGCGAUAAAAACAUACAAGUUGGAGAAAUUAUGGAAUUUUUAGCAGAUCUGCUGUUUUUUGCACUGGGAGAUAAGGAAAAUGCGGCCUCCAGCGUCUACCCGGGCUUCAGUCAUUGUGAUCCGAGCAUCUUCUUGGAGGUUUUCCAACAUUACAGCCCAAAGCCCUGGGCUAGGGGUGUCGCUCAUGUCCAAGGGGGUGCGGGUGAGCAUGUGCGCGGCCAUCUUUCUAUCGCCGUGACCGAGGCAACGUAUGAAAGAGAGUCUUCAGUUGGCCUUGGGGUUCCAGAGGGUAGAAACCAUGGUGGUGAGCAGAAGCGUGGCAGAAGGAAGAGUUGACGGCUCACAUCUCCAUCCAAAAGUAGGAGAAUGGCUCCAGCCUUUGAAACCUCAAAGCCCUCUCUCAGUGACGCACCUCCUCCGGGAAGGCCACACCUCCUAAUCCUUCUCACACAGUUCCACUGACUGGGGACCAAGUGUUCAAACCUAUGGGGGCCAUUCUCAUUCAAACCACCACAGAGGUCCUCGCUUUGAUACUCAGCACUGCAAUAUUAUUAUUGAUUUUUAGUAAUAAUCAUCAUCAUUAUCAUAAUAAUGGCAAGGAUGAGGCUAAGCUGGGAGAAUGCCUGCCUAAUUAAUGUGCACUGAGGUUUUGGUUCAAUCCCUAGCAGAUCUCUGCUCUGUGGAGUGGUACAUGGCCUACAAUCCCAGAGCCCAGGAAGGGAGUCAGGUGUUCAAGAUCAUCCUUGGCUAUAUAUGAAGGGUUGUUACUUAUGUGGAUCCGGCUUCUUUUCCCACUCUCUCAACUAACUGUGAGAAGCUGACGGCCACUUUAACUUUUCUCUGCUCCCCCAUCCUCAGGCCAGCAUUUGGAGAAUGUUUGCUGAACGAGUACGUACCCUGUUUCUUCAGUGUAAAACCUUAACUGAAUUUCUGUUUUCUAGAUCACAAAGGAAGCAAGUAACUGAAUACUAUAAACAAGUAAUAAAAAUCAAGGAGACCUCAGACACCAUGGCCACCUGCAAGCCCAUCAGGAAGCAGCUGAGCUUAAGCCUCAGCGACACCUUGU